AUGCAUGCUUGGAUCGACUAUGGUCUUGAUAGUAAUGAAGGACGAACAAGUAUACAACAUUUGAAUAAUAUUCAUGGUGCAUUCAGAAAUCACACACUGAAUAAAGAUUUCGUUUUUAUCCUUUGUUGUUUCACUGUUGAUACAAUACAAAUAAUUGAAGUCUUUGGUUGGCGGCAUUUGGAUGAUAGAGAAAAACGAGCAAUCUUUGAUUUCUAUGAACAAGUUGGUCAAAGAAUGAAUUUGAAAGAUCGACCAACAUCACUAAAAGAAGCAAAUAUAAUCGUUAAUAGUUAUAUCGAUAGUGACACAUGUUCAAGAUAUACAAAACAAGGACAAGUAUUGACAAAUGCUAUUCACACAUUGGUCCAAAAAUGGUAUGGUCGAUAUUUGCCAGCUUUGUUGAUUCGAAUUCUCUUAAACGCCAUUAUUUAUGUUGUUGGUGGCGCAACAUUUCAUCGAAAACUUGGCUUACCAGAACCAUCACGAUUCUUAUUGUACAUCGUGUACAUACUAGCAGCUAUUCGACGUUGUAUUAUGCAAUUUGUACCACCGCGCAACGGUAUCCAUCACCUAUCGGAUAAUCUUAUGAAGAAGGAUUACAAAUGUCCAGUAUCACAGGCAAAUUUCUUGCAGGUCGGACCAUCUAAAUUAUUGCAACAAUUGUAA